UCGAUUUCGCUUACAUUCACAUUGCAAAAUAAAUAGGUACUUUUCCAAUAAUUUUCGUAAAACCAAAUUAUUUUAACUUAAGAGUACAAAACAAUGUAUUAUGCGCAGUAAAAUUAAAAACUGUAAUGCUUUUUUAAUUAGGUUUUAUGAGUUAACAAAUUGCCGGUAUCGUAUGUUCUAGACGGUGUGCGUAAUGAUUGUUUAUUUCUGAAUGUUUAGAAACAUGGAGAGAUUGUCUCAUGAUUUAAAUCUAGCUCUAGAAGAGAGCAACUGCUGCAGGCAUGAGCGCCGCAAGUUGGGAAUGAGGAGACGUACCAGGUCUGCGGGGAAUUUGCCAGCAACAGUAACAGUGAGCCUUGUUGAAGAUGGCAGCUCAAGCAGUCCACCACAGGCGCCACUCAUAACUCAACCAUUAUCCGAUUCAGAUGAUCCUCAUGUCAACAUUAAUACAUCAACCAUUAAAUCGAGACGUUAUUGCCAAGUUGGGAACUUUGAGUCAGAUUCUUUCAAUGAAAACUUCUCUCCUACAAGACCAGCUAACACAAGGAGGAAGCGCAAAUUCAAGAAGCUAGCUGUGGAUUAUACAGAUGGGAAACACUCUCCCCCAAUUGAGAUAUUGAGUAUCACUACAGAGCCUAAUAUUUUGCCGGCGACUAUUACGCUCCAAACACAGAGUCUUUCUCCAUUGAUACAUGUUGCAAAACAGAAACACGAAAGAAACGCGUUUUGCGGUAAACGGAAAUGGUCACAUCGUGAUAGAGGUGAUGGUUGUGAAAUGAGAGAGAGAUCAUUUAGCGGUGGAUGUUCUUCAAAGUCGUCGUUUUUCAAAAAUGACCUCAAAUCUAAAAAACAUGAAGGUGAAAAGAGAAGGAAGGAGGCAUUGCUUCAGCCUGGUAAAAUUGUGUUGAAGUCGCACAAUACUGAUGAUGCCAAUUCUUCACUGUUUGCGAACACAUCGUCUCUGCCUGGCAGUUCAAGUUUUAAUUUCGUUUACAGAAACUCUAAAAGCAGCACGCCGACGCUGUCUAAAUUCACAGGUUAUAAAAUAACAACAGAUUUACCUCCAUUCUUUAACCCAACGACAAGCAAUAAUAACAACUUGGACAGCAAAUCGAACAGAAAAUUUAAAAUUCUAAGCAAAUCUCUAUCACCCAAAUCAUUACGGAAUCCAUUUGAUGAUAAUGCAGGAAUGGACUGUGGCAAUGAAAGUAGUUCACUUAGCAGUAGUGAUUCUGAUGGAGCAAACGACAGUGAUCGAGAAGGUGAUGAUGAACUAACAGACUGGCCCGGUAUAGAAGAAUUAAAAGUUUUCAAUAAAAGUUUAACAUUCAAGUCUUCGAAAGCAGUUAAUAACAAUUUCACAAAAUCUAUAAGUAAUACGCCUCCUCCAAAAAGGUUGAAGAAAGAGAAUGUUCAAUUAAAAUGUACCUGGACCGGCAAUAAAAGUAGGUACAAAAAGAAACGUGCGAAAGUUGAUUCUGGUAAUGACGAUGAUAUGAUGUCGGACUCCAAGACCAUCGUAGACGUUGACGACAAUGAUGACUUUGUAGAAGAAGAAAAAGAAGUUUUACCACAUUCAUCACUUACAACAUUCAGUGAGGUAAAGAAUGCAGGUAUAUCCGGUGAAAAUGCAGACGAACAGUUUUUUCAAUCGUUUCAAGCGUUUCAAAAAAAAACUGGCGAACAAGAGUUCAAAGCGGUGCCUCGAACAAAUUUCACACUUCAGAAAACUUCAUCAAGCGAUCUCAAUAUAAGUGAGAAGUCUCCUCAAAGUGAUCAUUACUAUAGUGAACAUUCCAUGGCUAAUGCUGGAAUAAGUGAAGUGAGGGAAAUAAGGGCUGGUUGCAGACGAAUUCGUGAAGAGAGGCCUGGGUUUUUAAUACUGAGUGCUGCCAAUGAGCAGUUGUCUAAGUUCCUUCAAGAUUCAUGCCAAACAGAGCUAAAGUUGCCAAGUCUUCAAGAUCCUGCAGAAAAAGAAAAAUUAGAAUCACUUGCGAAAUUGUACUCUUUGGAGCUGCAAAUAGAAAUGGGAAGACCUGUUUUGAGGAAAACAAGCAAUACAAUGCAAGCAGUGCGAGUGGAACAUUCCUACCACAACUUCCCUUCUGACCACAAACGCAGAUGCUACGGAGAAGAUGCCGACUCAAGCCUGAGUCUUAGUGAUGGCAACUCUAUUGCAUCCAUCAAUGAUCUCGAACCCACCAUUGACAAUAGUGAAGUGGUGUCUAAGUGUGAUGCAACUAAAAGUGAUAUUGACACAUUCAGUGAUACUCUUGUGGAUAAGACACUAUUACAUGAUCCAGGAGAUUUGGAUUAGUGGAACUAACAAGACAUAGUGACGUAGAGGCAAUCUCCAUGGACAGGAGAAUCCAGAACAUUGUGUCGCCGCGUGAAAUAAAUCAAUACAAGUUCUGUGGUGACAUGUAACGAGUAUGAUGUUAUUUAUACACUACUCCCAUGCUUUAAAUCCUCUAUUAAAGAUUCUAAGAUUCUGCUCUGCCAACAUUAAAACACCCAAUGUCCUAAUAACCAUUACAUCAUCCAAUCGAGUGUUGUAAUGAAAUUCAGUACAACAUUACAUCAUCCGUUUUAAUUACAACACUUGUUGGGACGAUGUAAUGGUUACUAGGACUGGCUUUUUUAAUGUUAACAGUAAGCUAACUGUUUCAGAAUCUAUUAUAGAGGAUUCAUAUUAUGGGUGUAGAUAAAGUCUUGUAUACAACUGUUGAUAGUUAGGUAUUAAAACAUUCAUGUGAUACUAUUACCCACAUUCGUGUUUUAAUACCCCUUAUUACACAGCAGUUGCAUAAAUAACUAAUACCGCUACGAAUCGUAACUCUUCGCUACAUCAGUUUCUCUAACACAACUACAAAUGUAACAAUUGUCAGAACAUAAAAUGCGGUCUUCUGGUGUUCAUCUGUGGGGAAAUAUAUUGAUUCCCUUGCGAAACCGUAGACCUGUGAAAAUUAUCUGUUAGUAUCCUUACCAAAUAUCAAAAGCCAGAUUGUAUGAAAAAUAGGCACACAGUAGACACGGAGCUAUGGACAAUAGGACAAUAACUAUCUAUGUAAUGGUACUAUAUAAACUUAUUGGGAUUCUUUCGUCCAUGGAGACUUAAUGUUAAAUUAGGAAUGUAAUUGUAAUAAAGUCUCAAACGCUUUCAACUAUUUAGGUUAUUAUUUCAUUUGCAAACUACAUGUUACAUGUAGUAGCACUUUCCAACAAAGGAUACCUAAUUUAAACAAUAUUAUUUUUUUCUUUCAUGGUUUGGGACAUACAUCAGUAUGUUGAACAAUUGUUCUAAUUGCUAAAAAUAACUCACGGUAUGUAUCAUCGGCUUCAGACUUAGCGAUUUAAUUCGAUCAACAGCUAAAUCACUUAUGGUUUGAAUCAUCUGAACAGACAUUCAACAAAAUUAAAGUAAUAAUUAUUAUUUUAAUAAUAGUUUGUAACCUGAUAGCUUUUAUCACUUCAACUAACUUGUUGAAUUGAACUGUAAUUCAAUAUGUCUGACCCUGUCAAUUUAAAUAUAUUUAUUUACGCCUUUUAUUAUGUUUAUAUAUUAAACAUGUAAUAUAUUCAUUCAUUUUGUAUUUGAAUGAAUUAAUGAAAACUAUUAAUAACAGAACAAAAUGAAAUACACUAACCCCUUAUUCAUAAUGGUCUGCUAACUUUAAACAGCCGCUAAGGAGUGUUUUUCUCAUUCUGACUUAGGUCAAUAGAAAAAGACAGAGUGAGAAUUAGCUAUGCUUUGAGUUAGCAGACUAUUAUGAAUAAGGGGGUAAUAAUUUAAAUUGAUCAUAUGACAGUCGGACACUAUUUUUUUCAAUAAUGUUGAUAUCCACAACUCUACGCCAGUACCCGAUAGAUUUUUGUUUUAUUUUAGUAAAUAGGAAUUAUAAGGUUAUAAAAUAUACUGUCUUUAGUAUAAUAUAUAAUUUUUGAGGCUUUAUUAUAAUUUACAUUAUUAAGAAUUGCCCCAUUAACAAAUUUAUUAUUAGACCAAUUUGUGGUAGUUCUCAGGAAUCUUUCACUUGAUUUCAAAAUUCGUUUUUAAUAUGAAAUACUUCAAAUUGAGUAUUUUAUCUGAUACACCGUUGCAUGAAAAAUGUAAAUAACCAAGCCUGCUUUCUUAGAACUAGAUAUCUUAACCCUACAUUAAGUAACAGAUGAUUGUAUAUUAUGAUUUUCUUUUUAUAUAUUUAAUAGUUUCAGUUUGUAUCGAAUUUGUACAGUAUUUAUAUCGAAACAGAUAUAAAAUAUGAUGAUGAUAUUAAUAGUAAAGUAUAUUGAAAUAUGUAUGUACAACUAUUUUCAUAUCAUAUGUUAGUGGUUAAAUAGUUUAUUUUAUAUUAUUAUUGCAUUAGUGAAUAUGGACAUGUCUGUCAUAUUGAGUCCUUAAUUCGUUGUAUUUCCAAAACAAACCUAUCCUAUGUUGCAGAAUCUA